UCGACUUUUAUUUUCGCGCUCUGCCAACGUUUCGCGUGUUUUUGUUGUCGACACUGCCCUUUCUAUCCCGGUUUUCAACUGAAAUUUGCACGUGUCUAAAUAUCACCGAGAAGCGCAAAAACAGCAUACAAAAUGUCGGAGCAGCCGUCCAUCUGUCACAAGUGCAAUGAGGUCAUCCAACUGCGCAUCAUUACCGCUCUGGGCAAGACCUGGCAUCCGGAGCACUUCGUCUGCAAGGACUGCCAAUGCCCCAUCACCGAGGCCACCUUCAACAUCAAGGAGGGUGAGCCCGUCUGCGCCGACUGCUUCGUGUCGAACUACUCGGGCGUUUGCCACGGCUGCCAACGUCCCAUCCUGGAGCGCACCAUCAAGGCCAUGGGUGAGACGUGGCACGAGGAAUGUUUCCUGUGCAGCGGACCCUGCAAGCAGCAACUGGCGGGCUCCUCCUUCUACGAGCAUGAUGGACGUCCCUACUGCCGGACAGAUUUCGAGCAUUUGUUCGCCGCCCGGUGCGGCAAAUGCAAAGCUCCCAUUACGGAGAACGCAAUCGUGGCCCUCGAUGCCAAGUGGCAUCGGGAGUGCUUCACGUGCAAGAAAUGCCAAACACCCAUCACGACCAGUUCCUUUGUCGUGGAGGAUAACCAACCGUUGUGCAAGGCCUGCUCCGAUUAGGAAAUCCGGAACGCAACCAUUCACAUCGCUAUCCAUGUAUAUUAUCUAUUCUUAUGGUAUUUGUAGUAAUACAAUUUGUUGAUCCAAUCGCCGAGGAACGCAGCAGCUAGGUCGUGGAUGUGAAAAUGGAAAAUUUGAAAAAUUCGAAAAAUUUUGGAAAAUUUUGGAAAAUUUUGGAAAAUUUUGGAAAAUUUUUGAAAAUUCCAAACCAUUUCGGGCUGGAGAAACUUACAUUUUUACAAUUUACACAGGAACACGAGAAGUGCAUGCAAAUGGUUUGGAGCUGUUGGUGGGCGGAGGGGGGUUUUGUUAAUGCUUAAAAUAAUUACAUUUCUAUUUUGCUAUCUCACUCACUCACACGCCCACAGCCACGCCCACAACCACGCCCACUACGAUUCUCCACUUGCACAAAAAUAUCUGAUAAAUGGUAUAUAAAAAAAAUAAUCUUUGAAUCAUUGUUGAUAUCUCUUACAAAUAAACAAAAUACAAACAAGCA